CCGCGCCCUCUGAUUGCACACAGGACUUAGUCAGUACUUCCUGGCUUGCCUGCUCCCUUCAUAUCCUCCGCGAUGCUGCGCCCGACGUUGAGCUCGCUUCCCGCGGUGCGCGCGCGCCUCCCCACCCUCGCGGCUGGCCUGUCGACCUCGGCAGUCGCUAGUAAUGCUGCAGCCACCGCAUCCGUACCCAACCCGCGCAUGCACCUCGAUCCCACCCUACAGGCACUCCUGCGCGACGUUGAUAUCUCCUUGAUUAACAACAAGGCGAAAGAGAAGUACGCGGCGCCGAAGAAGCGGGAGCUGGAGGUAUUCCCCCAAGAUGCGGCAGUGGUGGAUGUAGAGCCGUUCGAGGAGGAGGAGUUCGAGGACGAGAGGAUGCAUCGCAAGUCGCCUGCAGCGCUCUUUGGGAGCGAGAAGAUAGGCUCUCUCGUCCUCCCAAAUGAGCUACAGAGGGAGAUCAACCUGGUGGUGGCCGACGCAGACAAGCACAAAUUGCGUGAGGAUGCGCUGAGGCUCUUUGGCACGGACGUUGGCGGCGAGGACUCUGCGUGGAGUGCGGACUACGACGUCAGCUACGGCUCAAGAGAACAGCGGAUGCGCCACCUUGAGGGUGAUGGUACCGCGUUCGCCACCGUCGCCCUUCCCCCUCACUACGCUGCCAUCGCUUCCGUACUCCGUCAUCUCCGGCAACGAAUAGAGCCCGACUUUAGGCUCGAGCGGGUCCUUGAAUGGGGCUCUGGUGCUGGGAGUGGAAUAUGGGCCUCGAUGCACGUCUUCCAAGAGAAACUGCCAAACGGGACGUACGACACAGACCUGAACGACCUCAAGAUCUCAAACUCUACUAUAUCGUCAUACACAAGCAUCGAGAAGCGAGAGGGUUUGAGGAUGAUUGGCAAGCGUCUGCUCAAGAACAUGGGUCUGUCAGAAGACCAUGUCAACUGGCAGAAGGCCUACCACGAAGAGGACAUCCUGCCACGCAACGAGCGCAAUAACGCGAUGGCUCUGUCAGCGUUCGCACUUGCUGCUCAACCCAACCCUCUGGCACGGAGAAGGAUAGUCAAGCAAAUGUGGGAGAGUGGCGCAGAGUUGAUGGUCUUAAUCGACCACAAUACGAAGGAUGGCUUUGAGGCAAUCGCUGAGGCGCGCGACUGGCUGCUCCGGCAGGGCAACAAGGAACUCGAAGAGCUUGAGAGCGCCGAAUACGCCUUGCGAGGCGCCCAUGUCAUCGCACCUUGCCCCCAUGACGGCGCCUGCCCCCUCUACCACCCCGGCGCGACCAAGCUUGUCUGCGGAUUUUCCCAGCGCCUCCACCGCCCCUCCUUCACCCGCCGCACUAAGCACACCAAGUUCGGCCACGAGAACAUCGGCUACUCGUACGUCGUCAUCCGGCGCGGGUCGAGGCCGGCAAGGGCGACAACGUCGGUCGGCCGUAUUGGUGAGGUGGGGAGGAGAGAGCUGGAGAAGCGGGCGGAAGCGAGUGUUGUGCCGAAGGAGCUGAUGCUGCAGGUAGAGCAUGAGCGCUUGGUGGCGGCGGGAGAGACCGGGAAGGAUGGUGCGGAGAAGGAGGCUGAGGUAAAAGAUGACGAUGUGGUUAGCGAGCCGUUGUCGGGGUCAGCGCUGGAGGCGGCGUUGAGGCAUGAGGCGUAUAGCUGGCCGCGCCUGAUCUUCCCGCCGCUGAAGCGGAGCAAGCAUGUCAUCUUGGAUGCUUGCACGGCAGAAGCCAAAAUCCUCCGCAUGACAAUCCCCAAAUCCCAGGGCAAGCAGCCCUACUACGACGCGCGCAAGUCGGAGUGGGGCGACAUGUUCCCCCAUCCGCCCAAGAACCGCCCGCAGGAGCGCUUCCAGGCGCCCAAGGGCAAAGGGGAAGCCGAGCCCGAGGUGAAGGGCGCGGACAUCGGGAAGCGCAAGGUGAAGGGGAUGAAGAAGCCGGUGACGUACGAGGCGAUCGAGGACGAGCUGAAGAAGAAGCAGAAGAGGGAGGAUAGAGCAAGGGCGCUGGAGAGGAAAGAGCUGAGGCGGGCGCAGAGGAGGGAGGAGGAAAGGGAUUUAAUGGGUGAGGUGGAUUGAGGGGAAGACGAGGACCUUCGAACGAUACACGCAUUGCUAUCAACCCGCCUCAUCUGGCUGCACCUCAUCUCAAGCACGCAUCAUAUAGCAUAGAACGUACACACACUACUUAGCCAGCACUUACCGAUAAUGGGACCUCCCGCCUCCAUGUUUGUUC